CAUGUAAAUAACAUAACAUUUUCAUUGACUUAAAAACUUAAAACUUACAGACUUAAAGAACAUUAUGGCUGUGUCACUCUCUGCGACCGGUGUCCGGCAGUUACGUGGCGGCUCGGGAUUGGGUCCAAGGGACUGGAGGUCUGUUAAUGGAGAUUUAAUGGGAAAAAAACUAAAUUUGACUCAAAGUGUCCAAAAGAAAAACAAUGUUGUUAAGUCAAGUAUAUGCAUGACCCUUACUACUUUUGUUGCAGGGGAGGCAAAGCUGAGGGACUUGGAGAUGGAAAAAAGGGACCCAAGAACCGUUGUGGCGGUUAUAUUGGGAGGUGGAGCCGGUACACGCCUUUUUCCUCUCACAAAGCGACGUGCAAAACCUGCAGUACCGAUAGGAGGAGCAUAUAGGCUGAUUGAUGUACCAAUGAGUAACUGCAUCAAUAGUGGGAUCAAUAAAGUCUACAUUUUGACUCAGUUUAAUUCGGCAUCCCUUAACAGACACUUGGCUCGCGCUUAUAACUUUGGCAAUGGCGUUACCUUUGGAGAUGGCUUUGUUGAGGCACUAUCGGCAACUCAAACACCAGGUGAAGAAGGUAAAAGGUGGUUCCAGGGUACUGCAGAUGCUGUUCGACAAUUUCAUUGGCUCUUUGAGGAUGCAAGAAGCAAGGAUAUUGAGGAUGUUCUCAUUCUAUCAGGAGAUCACUUGUACCGAAUGGACUACAUGGACUUUCUACAGAGUCACCGGCAAAGUGGUGCAGAUAUCUCAAUUUCCUCUGUGCCCAUGGAUGACAGCCGUGCCUCAGAUUUUGGAUUGAUGAAGAUUGAUGCCAAAGGAAGAGUCAUUUCUUUCAGUGAAAAGCCGAAAGGGAAAGACUUAAAAGCAAUGGCAGUAGAUACAACUGUUUUGGGAUUGUCUAAAGAAGAGGCUGAAAAGAAACCAUACAUUGCUUCCAUGGGAGUAUAUAUUUUCAAGAAGGAGAUCCUUUUGAACCUUUUAAGAUGGCGUUUUCCAACAGCAAAUGACUUUGGAUCUGAGAUUAUCCCGGCUUCAGCCUCAGAAUAUAACAUAAAGGCAUUCUUAUUUAAUGAUUACUGGGAGGACAUCGGUACAAUCAAAUCUUUCUUUGAAGCAAAUCUUGCACUUACUGAACAUCCAUCACGAUUUAGCUUCUAUAACGCAACAAAGCCAAUGUAUACCUCUAGAAGGAAUCUGCCACCAUCAAACAUUGACAACUGCAAGAUCGUUGACUCAAUCAUAUCACAUGGUAGCUUCCUGACCGAUAGCUUUAUUGAACACAGCGUUGUUGGGAUUCGAUCCAGAAUUAGUUCUAAUGUUCACUUAAAGGACACUGUGAUGCUUGGUGCUGACUACUAUGAAACAGACGCUGAAGCUAAAUCAUUGUUGGCUGAAGGCCGUGUUCCUAUUGGAAUAGGAGAAAACACAAAGAUCACAACCUGCAUCAUUGACAAAAAUGCCAGAAUUGGGAAGAAUGUGGUCAUUGCAAAUUCAGAGGGUAUACAGGAGGCUGACAGAUCUUCAGAAGGGUUUUACAUUCGCUCAGGGAUUACAAUCCUUUUAAAGAAUUCAACAAUUAAGGACGGAUUAGUGAUAUAAUUCAUUUUGUUUUUUUUGUUCUUCGGCAUGAAGAUAAAAAUUAAGAAUGUGAAAGAUGAACAUCUCAAUAUGUAGAGAAGUAUCAACAGGCUAAUAUCAUGCCAAGCUUUGUACAUGUGAAUACAUUUCAAUUUUCUAAUCUUUGCGAUAAAUAAAUUUUGGUCGACUUACUAGAAUUGUCGAUUUUGAACCA